ACCCACACAAAAACACAAAAACCUGGAUAACAUGUGGAGCUGAUUCGGAUUACAGAGCCGCACAGACGGAAAAGGUCUGUGGAUCGCCAGGCAUUCUACCAUGCCUGUCCCCCCAUUCUUCAAUCCCCGCAGACAAAAACACCUGCCCCACACGCACCUCCACCCCGAACAGAGGGCAGAACGGUCCACCUCCCCGUCCCUCUUCCCUCCAUCCAUCCUCUCUCUCUCUCUCCUCCCCCCUCACCUCGUCUCAUCGUUGCCCUCCUCAUCCCACCUCGUCCACUGCGCAUGCCCCGGCGCUACGAAAAGAAGAAUUCCCGACCCCGUCCCCUUCCCGGCGUUCCACUGGCUGACUCUGGUCACAUGCUGCCUGCUGCCUUCUCUGAUUGGAGCUGGGGAGACGUGGGGCAUGGUCUCGGCCUGCCCCAUCCACUGCGUGUGUCGAAACCUCUCCGAGGCCCUCAGCACGCUCUGCGCCGACAAGGGCCUCCUGUUUGUCCCCCAGAACGUUGACCGGCGCACCGUGGAGCUGCGGCUGGCCGACAACUUCAUCACGGAAGUGGGCGGGAUCGACUUUGUCAACAUGAGCGGACUGGUUGAUCUGACUCUGUCGAGGAACACCAUCCACCUGAUCCGACCGAUGACCUUUGGCGACCUGGAGAGUUUGCGAUCGCUGCAUCUGGAUGGUAAUCGCUUGACAAUACUUGGACCCAGGGACCUCACAGGUUUGGUCAAUCUGCAACACCUGAUCAUCAACAACAACCAGCUGGUCAAAGUCUCUGUCCAGGCGUUUGACGACUUCCUGCUCACACUGGAAGACCUCGACAUGUCCUACAACAACCUCAGGAGGGUACCGUGGGAGUCCAUUCAGAACAUGGCCAGUCUGCACACUCUCAACCUGGACCAUAACCUGAUCGACCACAUCGCGGAAGGAGUCUUCGGAGAGCUGUACAAGCUCGCGAGGCUGGAUAUGACCUCCAACAGGCUGCGAACUCUGCCUCCUGAUCCACUGUUUGCAAGGUCCCAGACAGGUGCUAUAAGUCCCACCCCAUACAACACUAUCAUAAGCCUAAACUUCGGUGGGAACCCGCUGCACUGCAAUUGUGAACUGCUAUGGUUACGGCGGCUCAUCCGUGGGGACGACAUGGAGACGUGUGCCACUCCUCCUCACUUGGCUGCAAGAUAUUUCUGGUCGAUUCCCGAGGAGGAGUUCACCUGUGAACCACCUCUCAUCACACGUCACACUCACAAGCUGUGGGUGCUGGAGGGCCAGCGGGCCACGCUAAAAUGCCGUGCCAUUGGCGACCCAGAGCCAGUCAUCCACUGGGUUUCACCAGAUGACCGCAUCGUUGCGAAUUCCUCCCGGACCAGCUCCUUCAGCAACGGGACCUUGGAUAUCUUGGUAACCGUGGCCCGGGACGACGGGGCGUACACGUGUAUUGCAAUAAACGCCGCGGGUGAAGCGACGGCCACCGUGGACCUGAAAAUAAUCCCCCUGCCUCACCGGGGCGGAGGAGGCGGAAACACGGGGAAUAACAACGUGAACACCAAACACAACAGGAACGUGACCAAUGGGAUUUUACGGAGCGAUCCGGGCUCCUCGGAUAUCAGCACGGGGAAAAGCGGAGGGAUUAACGGCGCAGGACGUGGAGGAGAGGCGGAGGAUGGGAGAAGAGCAGUUGAGGACAAUGAGGGCGACAGUGGCAGGGCCUCCGAAGGGGAGAGGGCCGACGGAGGGAGCAUGGAGGACGACGAGGGGGACGAGGAGGAACCGAGGAUGGUUGGAGUACAAGGCGUUACGUCAACCUCAGCUCAGGUCCGGUGGGAUUUGGGGCAUUUGUCUACAGCUUACGUCGUCUGGAUGUAUCAGAUACAGUACAACUGCACCGCCGACGACACCCUCAUCUACAGAAUUCUACCAUCGACCAGCGACCGCUUCCUGUUGAAGAACUUGGUUGCCGGCGUGGACUAUAACCUGUGUGUGCUGGCCAUUUUUGAUGACACCAUCACCUCGUUGGCGGCGACUAAAGUCCUGGGCUGCGCCACGUUCUCCACCAAGGAUUUCUACCCAGCUUGCCGCUCUCUCCAAGCCCAUUUCCUGGGCGGGACCCUCACCAUAUUGGUUGGCGGUGUUGUGGUCGUCACCCUACUCGUGUUCACCGUGGCGCUCAUGGUUCGCCACCGUGUUUGCAAUCACGGCGACCACAUGAUAUGUCACAACGGCAACACUGAGGCGGGAGGUGGGGCCUGCUGUCAGAGUGGAGGUGGAGGGGGCGGGGACAAAGGGGGAAACGGCAGCGGGUGCUACCAAUCAAAUGGUGCUGGGGACAUGAUGAUGGUGGUCCUGCCCAAUGGCCUGCCAUCCAAGAGAGGAGGGGAGAAGGAGAUGGACAAAGACAAGGAUAUGGAGAAGGAUGACGCUGAUCCUUUGCCUCCCAAACUCCCUCCAAAGCCCAGGCCCAAGCCCAAAGUCAACCUGGAGCAGUUUCUUUCAGCUGGGGGGGUUGUUUCCACAACAACAGGGACAGGAUGUGAGAUGGCAUUAGUUGUGAGGCAAAGAAAGUUGGAGAAGACGUUGCCAUACACCCUUGAAAGUGACAGAAUUCCCCUCUACUACACCCCUUCAUCCACCCUUCCCCGCCAGUCACACUCCAGAGACCGCCCGAGACCCCGUCUGGAGCGAGAACUGACCAACCGCGCCAGUUUCUCUCUGGCAGCACCCCUGGGUGACCCAGAGCUGCUGGACUGGAGAAUCACUUCCCGAGGCAGGGACAAAUGGAACUCCUCACAGGCUUAUCAGAGACCUCUAUCCCCUCCAAGCCCCGCUAGCGGGACCGUUAGCAAACGGCGCCACUCGCUGGAUAUGGGCUCCUCUGUCGCCCUAGCGACGGAUGCAGCCGCCACUGUUGCCAAGCGCUACGGCGCCGUCAAUUAUGCCAAGCGGCUGAGCGUGAUCUGGACGAGGCGGAGCCAGUCUCUCCACGGCAUGCUGGUGCACUGCGCCUCGACGACGAGCACGACGUCUUCGACGACCAGCGAUGAGGAAAGCGCCUUUGGGGCACGCUGCGAGUUCCAACGGGGAUACAUCCACGCCUACAACACCACCAACUCAAACUCAAACACUGGGAUCACUACUGGGAGAGCGAGCAGUGUCAAAGACAAGGGGAGGCAAACGGGAAAGGACGGAAGGAGCGCUGAGGAACUGGAGGAAAGUGUUGUGUAG